AUGUCGUCUUUUUAUCCUGGCAAACGCCUAUCUACAAAGGGCGAGCGCUGUACGGUCCGCUAUGUUGGUGAGGUCAAGGGUAAACAAGGUCAAUGGCUAGGUGUGGAAUGGGAUGACCCCACUCGAGGAAAGCAUUCUGGAACUCAUGAUGGUGUCGACUACUUCAGAUGUAGGAGCUCACAUCCCACGGCUGGUUCUUUUCUUCGCCCUUCUACAACAUGGGAUCAAUCCAGGACUUUCCUCGAAGCAUUGAGAACAAAAUACGCAGCCAUUCAAGCUGGAGAAAACGCAUCUGAUCAGGUCGUCAUCAGAAUCAGCGGCAAAGACGCUGAGGAAGUCGGAUUCGAAAAGAUUGCCCGCCAGCAAGCUCAGUUGCAGAAUCUUCAUAUCGUAGUCUUGGAUGACUUGCUCGUCAAAGCCUACGACGAGCAGAACACAACACUAGAAGACAACCUAGAAAAGAUACCGGAGACAUGCCCAAACAUCACUGAUCUCGACCUGGGGAGAAAUCUGUUCGAAACUCUUUCCGAGAUUUCUGAUAUAUGUAAUCGUCUACCAAAGCUGAAGUUUUUGAGACUAGAUGCAAAUCGACUGAGACAUGUUGUCGAGCAAGAAGGUUCCUCCCAUGGUGAGAACACUGGUCUGGCUCGGAUCGCCUCUGCGAGUCUUGAUCAUAUGCUAUGCACAGGCAAAGAGCUCGAGAUUCUUCUACGCUCACUACCGAACGUCAAAGAGUUAUCAGCAUCGAGUAAUCAGCUGGGCUCAUUGGAUGAUUGUAACUUACCAAAUAGCUUGACCUCAAUUACCUUGGAAGACAAUAACUUCUCAAGCCUUGAAGAUGUACAACAUCUCAGAGAAUGCUGUCCCCAACUGCGUACUCUAAAUCUCAAGAACAACCAGAUCUCGCGUACUUUCAAGGACACGCAACACAAAAACAACUUCAAGCUACCAGAGACGAUAACGGAUGUUGAUCUUGCGUACAACAACAUAACAUCCUGGAACAUCAUCAACGAGCUUUCAACAAUACUGCCAGGACUCAAGCAUCUCCGUAUAGCUCACAACCCUCUCUUCUCUUCCCUGCGCUCAGCAGACAACAAGCCCUUGACAUCCGCCGAUGGUUACAUGCUCACCAUCGCCCGACUACCCCGACUCGAAACCCUCAACUACUCAAAAAUCACCGACAAAGAGCGGCUAAACUCGGAAUCAUACUACCUCUCUCAAAUCGGCAGAGAACUCUCUCUAUCGCCCAAAGAAAAGGAAAAGGACAUCCUGUCCUCUCAUCCGAGGUGGAAGCAGCUGUGCGAAGAGUACGGCGAGCCCAGAUUGGAGCGCCAAGCAGAGAGCAACAUCGAUCCCAAUUCUCUGGCAGCACGACUGCUGGAAUGUUCAGUAUACUCGCCGACUGCAGCCGGCAACGCCAAUCUACCAGAUGAACAGAGUCCGCUCAUAGUAGAGAUACCCAAAUCGUGCAGCAUCUACAAAGUUCAUGGGAUCAUUGGCAGGCGUUUGGGUGUCGAACCUCUGCAACUCCGGUUGGUUCUGGAGACUGGCGAGAAGGACCGCAUGGACAUGGCUACUUGGAACGGUGUGGAAGAGUGGGAUUCUGAUGAAGAGGAUGCAGAAGAAGUCGGUGAAGAGUGGAAGGAGAGAGAGGAAGAGCUUGUUGCUGGUACAAGACCACUAGGCACUUUUGUUGAUGGUCCCAAAGCAAGGAUCAGGGUUGAGCUCAAGGAUCAGAAGAAAGAGGGUAUCAUAUAA